AUGUUCCGAUUAUAUCCCGAUUAUGAGUUAUAUGUCUACAAAAAGAGAAGCCUGGCGGAUAAUGAAAGAUUUGAAGAAGCCUUAGAGUUAGAAACAAGGCUCAAUUUACAGAUGGCUAAAAUAGAUGAUUUACGUUCUAAAGUUGAAGUUUAUAACAACUUAAAUGAGAGCCUUUUGGCUAAAGAAAAACACGAUCCUUUUAAUAAAGAUGAAUACCUCUAUUUCUCCUUUGUCCUUCGGUAUAUUUAUAUGAGUUUUGUACGUCGAACCCCUAAUUCUGGAGUAAAUAUAUACGCGGAGGUAGUUCAUAUAAGAGAUAGCAAAUUCUGA